AUGCAGGCGGAACUUUGUGUCCAGUCGAAGCCCCAGAGCUCGACGAAACAUCAGCCGCCGCCGAGUGCUCUGCAGUCGCACCCGCUGGGGGCAGACAAAGCCGCGCGGUUUAAGGAAGAGAAGCACCUCAAGAUUGAGACCAGGGAUCUCGGUCGUAGCAAUAGGAAACCACCGGGUGCAGAGGACGUGUCGAGUGUGAGCAAAAAAAGACGUCGAAGAUUGGCGGCGGAAAUCGAUCGCAAGUACAAAUGCCCGUUUGCAGCGUGCCAGAAGGCGUAUGGAUCGGAGGGAUCGUUGAUCCAUCACCAGAAGCUCAAACAUCCAGAGCAAGUGGAUCGACGAGAGAAAGAGAGCAAGAUUGGGACGCUGGUGCUUCCUUUGCACCGAAACGUGACGAUUCGACCGGCAACACCACUCAUGGCGAUGGCUAAUCGACCGAAACUUUUACUGUGUGACCAACGCAACAACCGUGGCCUGCAUUGUCCCAUGGCUCCGUCAAGCGACGCACCCCCAGCAGCGAAAGCGUCCCGCCGCAGCACGCGCUCACGGUCAAAUUCAGAGCCUGUCUCGGUUGUUAGCGAAAAGGGCAAUGCGAGGGUCUGUACCUCAAACGGUAAGCUCAUGAGCAAAGCGUACCCUAAACUUCCACGUAAACCACGUCGAGUCGCCACUACUUCACACGCUAUGAAGACAGAAGCUACUGCCAGACGCGCGAAGCUUCGCUCGAAAUCGGAGUCGUUAGCCGACAUGAACCCAUUCUGCCAGCUCGAUGAGCUUAGCAUCUCAAUGUUUGAUGGAAGCAAUGGCAGGGCAACUAAUCACGAAGCGGUUUUGCCCUUUGGCAAUGUCGUCUCUUCCACUGAGGAUGCAUCUUUCGAUUGGCCAGGAGAUGCGGUGUCAGCUUCUGGGAACUACACGACGACGCCGUCGAGUGACGAGCAGGCAAUCGAUAGCGACAUUUUGUCCGUUCUGGCAAGUUGUGAUACCGUGGAUCCGCCGAUGUCCCACUUCACAGGAGGUUUACCUGCAGCUCACUCAUACCAACCCAGAUCAGACUUUGACGAGCUUGACGACACUGAGAUGAUGUCUGUGGGAGAGGACUGUUUCAAGAUUGCAGGGAAUGUGACAUUACCGAUACAAGCCUCUCAGCAGCUGGUCACAAAUGAAUCCGAGAUCGAUCUGGGCUUGAACGCUUUAUCCAUAAUGGGCGACGAAUGGUCGAAUGGCUUGCUGUUGUCAGAUCAUUUGGAGAAAAUGUCGAUGGCGCCAGGAGAUACACCGCCGCACAUCACAAUACCGACGUUUGGCAACGAAGCAAUACUCAGUAGUGGGAUCGGAGAUAGAGUACGCUCCGCGUCAGACCCUGUGCGCGCGGUAGCACCGAUCUAUCCUCAGUUGCAUCACGUUGCUUCGAUGCCGCUGGACGCAGCUUCAGUCAAACUAUCGAGCCAGUUGACUGGUGACACUACUUUGGGUGGUCACCAGCAGUCAGAGUUGCAGCAGUGGUUGCCGUGCUACAGUGUACCGGAAGUCGCCAAAGUGGGAAACAACGUCGCCCAUCCGAUGCUGUUGGUAGCGAGCGAAAACGCCUCGGCAAGCUCAAGUUUGCAGCCGCCGUCGUCCGAUACCCUCGACCGAUUGCUCCAGUACGACGACGCGGUAGGAUGGAAAUCCGUCGACGUAUAUGAGUGUGAUGCCGUGGUCGACUAUGCGUUGUGUGACACUGAAAUGACACCGACGCAGUUCUGA